AUGAGAUUACUUGCCAUUAUAUUUCUCUUUGAACUUAUCUUUAGAGCAACAGCUCAAGAUGUAAUACUCGAAUCUGAAGAGGGUCAUCAAAAUAAGGAUGAUAAUGGAGUUGCAGAUUCAGAAAAUACAAAUGAAGUUACAAAAGUGCCAAAUUUCAUCUUAUUAUGUGCUUUAAUUCCCCAAAUCCCAGGGUGCCCCUGUGAUCCUCUGUUAGAAACUCGUCCAACUUUUUAUGACUUCCUGCCAUCAGAUUGUUCAUGUUAUGACUCACAACAGAGUGGAUUUUCUAGUCCUCCUUGUUUCUGCUCAAAACCAGAUUCUGAUGAAUGUAAGUGUUUGAGUGGAUUAAGUAGUUUGGAUGAAGAACAUGACAGAAUGUGCAUUGUCUCACCAUUAACUUAUGUAACUCCAUAUGCAAAUUGCACUUCUUUCUUAAACCCAUUAGGAGAAGAGGGUUUAUGUAGCGGAGAUUCUGAGCUUUCAGAACAUUGUGUGACAUUAAGAUCUUGCAGAAGACUAACUCCUAUAUCUAUUGAGGAGAGUUCAAUUCAGGACAAAUGCGUCGCAGAUCCUGAAUCAGAAGGUUGCCCAUGUUCAGCAGAUCAGCAAAUUACUGAUGAGGACGCUCUUAUUUGUAGCUGCUACAAAAACAACAAGAAUCCUGGUUGUCCAUGUGAUGUUCAACCAGAUUCUCCAAUUUGUGGAAAGUUCAUUGAGUUACUUACAAAACCAACUUCAAGCAGUACAACUACAACUUCCGAGCCUUUGGAAACAAAGAGCUCUAAAGAAGCUGAGUCCACCUUAAAAUCUAGCGAAAACGAGAAAAAAGAUUCUGUUAAGAAGUCUGAUGAAGAGAAAACUACAGAAGUAGAUGACAUUGUCCCACACAAUAAGACUAUCAUGAAAGAUGUAGGAACUGAUACUGAAAAAGAUGAACCAUCUCUUGCCUUUAAGAUCUCAACAGAUCUUUACAAACCAGUUAUUUUUGUUUUGUUAUCAAUAUUCAUUCUCCAAGCCUAA